CCUGGUAGUCAGCUGUUCGCUGCAAAUUUAAUAGGCAAUAUUCCAAUCAGAAAUUAAAUAAACAUCCUCCGAUUAGCAAAUAUGGCCCUGCGACGCUGUCAUCUUAAUCCGAAGAAGACCCUGUUCCUGCUAUGCGACAUACAGGAAAAGUUUCGGCCUGCCAUGCCGCUUUUCGACAACAUGAUCAAGAAUGUCGACAAGCUGACCAAAGCGGGCAAAGCUCUGGAUGUGCCACUGAUCGUGACCGAACAUUAUCCGGAGAAGCUGGGCAAGACUGUGGCCCAGCUGGAUGUAAGCCACGCAAAGCUAGUGUCCGGUAAGACGCUCUUCAGCAUGGUUACCCCCGAGGUGAAGUCAGUAAUCAAGGAUAUAUUUAGCGAUAAGCCGGAGGAUGUGGUCCUGUACGGACUGGAGUCACACAUCUGUGUAGAGCAGACCGCCAUUGAUCUUCUGGAGCAGAACAUCAACGUGUACAUUGUGGCGGACUGCUGCUCCUCCCGGCUAAACCAAGAUCGGGACUUGGCCCUGGACCGAUUGCGGCAGGCAGGCUGUGUGAUAACCACCAGUGAGAGCGUAAUCUUCGAUCUUGUCCGGGAUAAGAACAAUGCCAAAUUCGAUGUGAUACGCAAGCUGGUCAGUCAGCCCUCGGUGGACAUGGAACUGACGCGCACUGGUGCCGGUCUGCCGGUGGGCAGUGCAAAGUUGUGAGCCGCCUCUUGUUUGUCCUUUUGUUAUCCUGUUUUCGUGAUUUCGAAUGCAUUUGUAUAAAAACGAAAUGUUUUGCGUUGGAAA